AUGACAACUUUGUUCUUCCAUUUCUUCCUCUUCUUGAUCACUCCCUGUGUUACUAACUCCAUCCCUGCUGUUCACAGCAAGUGUAUUGAAGCUGAGGAACAAUCAUUGCUCAAUUUCAAGAAAAGUCUUAGCCUCAAUUUAGCCUAUAACGACUUCAAUGGCUCUUCAAUUCCAUCAGCAAUCGGGAAGCUUGCAAAUUUGAGGUAUCUAAAUUUAACCUAUGGCUUCUAUUCUAGGCAAAUUCCCAUUGAGGUUGCACACUUGACAAGGUUGAAGGUUCUUGAUCUCUCUAAAAAUAACUUAAAUGGGGAGCUGAAACUUGAGAACCCGAAUUUAGGCAUGCUAAUCCAGAACCUGACAGAGCUUACAGAGUUAAAUCUUGAUUAUCUGAACCUAUCAGCUCAGGGAGCUCAUUGGGGCAAAACCAUAUCAUCUUCACUUCCAAAGCUGAUGGUGUUGACCUUGUCCAAUUGUGAUCUUUCAGGCCCUAUUCAUGAAUCAUUUGCCAGGCUUCAUUCUCUAUCCGUGUUAACAUUGGAUGAUAACCACAUCUCUGCUCCGGUUCCAAAUUUCUUUGCCAAUUUUUCAAGGUUGAUUUCCUUGAGUCUCUCUCGAUGUAACUUGUAUGGAGCAUUUCCCAAAGAGAUAUUCCAGGUACCUACACUACAGUAUGUUGACUUAUCUACAAAUACAGAGCUUCUGGGUUCCCUACCAGAGUUUGGAAAGAAUGCAUCUCUCGAAACCAUAUUCCUAUUCAGGACUAAAUUUUCAGGAGUCUUGCCAGACUCUAUUGGCAACCUUAAAAUGCUGUCUAGAUUACACCUUGCAGAUUGCAAUUUCUCAGGAGUGAUUCCAAAGUCACUGGCAAACCUAACACAAUUGAGGUUUCUGUACCUGUCAUCCAACAAGUUUUCUAGUCCGAUUAAUUCUAUUCAAUGGGACAAACUCAUCAAGCUAGCGGAUCUCGACUUGGCCAACAAUCUACUAUACAAGAGUAUUCCAUUGUCUCUCUUUUCUAUUCCCAUGCAUUGA